GAGGAAGGAGAUCGCGAAGAAAAAGAAGAAGACCACGACGCGCGUGUAAUAAUUUUUGUUAGUGUUGAGUCCGUUUUAUUAAACUUUGAUGGCAAUAAUAUGCUUGGAUGCAUAGCCUGUUUCUAAUAAUGGUAUUCUCUCUUAUUGAGAAAGAGAAAAGCUAGUUACUUUACUUUAAGCAACAGUUAGGAUUUGUGGAAGGAAUCGCAGAAGAAAGGAUUGAUUGGCUUCAAUGGGUGAGAACGGUGAGAUUUUUCCUGAUGAUGUGAUGAUAGAUAUUCUGAAAAGGCUUCCAGUAAAAUCUUUGAUGCGAUUCAAGUGUGUCUCCAAGAAUUGGGAGAAUCUCUUCAGAACCCCUCAUUUCACGGCACAGCACCUUCGCCACUCAAUUCAGAAUCGUUUUCUUCUUCUUCAGAGAAUUCAACGUUCUCCUACUUCCCCAGUGUGCUCCACUCCAACAUCCUUCUGCUUAAUUGGACCUGACCUCAGUGUUCACGAGCUUGAAUUUCUCAAUUUCGCCUCAAAUGGUGCCAAGAUUGUGGGUUCCCGCAAUGGCUUGCUGUGCUUACGUCACACCGAUCACGCUCUUUCCAUUUGUAAUCCAGCAACUAGACAAGUCACACAGGUACCUCGAACCCUAACUGAUGUCAGGACUCUUUACUAUUUUGGAUUUGGCUAUAGUCCACUUGUCAAUGAUUACAAGAUAGUGAGAAUUUGUGUAUGUGAGUCUUAUGAGUCUGAUGAUGAUGAUGAUAAUGAGGGUAAUGAUGGAAUUGUGGUUCUUGAUGACAUUCAUGUUAACCGAGUGGAAGUGUAUUCCUUAGCUAGUGGGUCAUGGAGACAAGUUGAUGCUAGCAAUUUGCAAAAUUUAUGCUUGGUAUCGAAUGCUAUUGCCGCCGGUGGAGGCAUGUUUUGGAAGGCCACCACGAGCUCCGAUCUCGAGUCCAGUCAAGAUCCUGAUGAAUGCUUGGUUUCAUUCGACGUUGGACAUGAUGUUUUUAGGUUGUUAAGAGGUCCUGAAUCACACCCUUUGCCCACUACUUACUCCUCUACCUCUGUGCUAGCAGAAUACAAUGACAAACUUGUUAUGUUUCAUCAGUUUAUGAUGGGAAACUUCCAUAAUUUUAUGAUGGUAAAUGGUGAAAUUUCUCUGAUUGACUUGUGGGUAUUGGAUAACACUCAUACAUAUGCAGCUGAAGGGGAGAGAUGGAUUAAACGAUACAGGGUAGGGCCCUUUUCAAGGAUAAUAUAUCCAAUAAGUAUUUGGAGAGAUCAAAUUGUUUGCCACCAAUUGCUCGAACAUGUUGAUGAAUCUGAAAGUCUUGCAUGUAGCCAACAUUCAGCUUGAACAGUAGUCUCCAUUUUCCGUUCUCGAGAGAGGCUUGACUUGUCUAGCUCCUGUAAAAUACCAAUUAGGGUGAAUAGAAAUUUCAAUCUCGUGCAUUUUGGAUGGGAUAUUAGUUUUUUAAUUGUGGUACACGGGAGACAUCAGACUAUCAGAGCUACUUGUUUCAAUCUUUGUAACCUUGUUUUACAGGUUUGACCAUGGAUAGUUUUUAUUGUUAUAUAAAUCUGUUUGCCUAUCA